UCAUGGAAAAAAACACACACCUUCACAUGAUAACUGCUAUGAUUGAGUCCUUUUCUUAUGAUCUCGCUCCAUUACCCUUUUUUUUCUUUUUGCCUCUUUCUAUCUCAGAUCGCCACUCUCUAUCUUCCUUUGUGUUUUUUUUUUUUUGGCUUUCUUAAUUUCAGUGAAUGAUUAUUUUGUUGACUUUCUCUUUUGAAGAAGAUUAGGAGAACUCAAUCAUCUCUUGUCAGCCCAGAGAAGAAUAUAUCUUGAUAUAAUAACAAGAAGAAGGGGAGGAAGAGAUUGUGUAGUUGCCGGCUGAUUGUUUGUGAACUGGGAAGUUAAAGAUAAAGAGACUGAUAGAUAUAUCAACAAAGAGAUGGGAUCUUUCAAGGGUCAUGCUUUGCCAGGGACACUGUUUCUGAUGGUGGGUGUAUGGCACAUAUGGAGUUCCGUGGUUCGGUUUGUGUCAAACCCUAAGUCUUUUGAGGUCAGAGUAUGGAACCCAGUUCCUGGUUUUAAUGGGAAGUUGAAGCACUUGGAGCUAUAUGUUGUAGCCUUUGGUGCUUUCAUUGAUCUGUGUAUCGAGCUUUUGUAUUCAACCCACCUCAAGUUUUUUGUGGAUGGAGUCUUGAAUCCAUCACACUUGAACGAUUUUGAGCAUUCAGGGAUGCUUCUCAUGUUUUUCCUCUUAGGCGCUAUCGCUUUGCUUUCAGAGAAAACGAGUUUUGUUACCUUACCACAAGGAGCCCUUUGUCUUAUUGCGGCCGCAGCAUUCACUGCAGAGUAUCUGUUAUUCUACUUUCACUCAACCACUCACAAGGGCCUUGAAGGAUACUACCAUCUUGUUCUUGUCCUUUUAAUAGGACUCUGCAUCUUGACCACGCUUGCUGGAGCUCUCUUCCCAAACAGCUUCCCGGUUGAUUUGUGUAGUGGAAUUGCUAUAACUCUCCAAGGCCUCUGGUUCUACCAGACUGCUUUCACCCUCUAUGGCCUCAUGAUGCCGGACGGUUGUCGACUCAAGGAUAAUGCAAUACAUUGCCUUCCGGAUAAUGAAGUUCGAGGCCAAUUGAUUGCCAACUUCCAGCUCUUUUCUCUGGUACUUGGUGUCCUCAUCGCCGUUGUGGGAUUAUACAAUUUCGCAGCUUCAAGAUACGGGAAUUCCGAUCUUAGAAGCAUGCAAUCAGUUCAAAAUUGAUGAGGGUCUGCAAUCUUUAACUUUGGGUGUAAAUUUAAUGCAUUUUCAAUUUAGCUGGUGCUUGGUUUUGAGUUGCCUAUUAUUUCACAGGCUGAAGCCGCAUGAAGGACUUAUGCUAAGGAGUUCACUGUUUUUUUUUUUGAGUUUUCAUUGUUGGUGAAAUAGAAUUUAGGUGGUUACUGUAUUAUUAGUUCAUCAAAAUCAACAGCACAGGGAACACAAAAAAAAUAAUGGGUGAUGUACAAACAACCACAGAAGAAAAAAAAUAAAUUAUUCCACAAUUCCAUUAUUCA